GGUGAAAUUGGAUGAGUGAUUCACGUGAAGACGACAAGGCAUCGGAAUUCCAAGCAGGAUUAAGCAAGCAAUCAUGGCGAAGUCAACCCCUGCUCAAUCUGCAAGUAUAAAUAUCCCCGAGGCCUUCCCAUAAGCUGCUCAUUCCAUACCAACUCAAGUAGCAGAAAUGAAUAGAAUCAUGCCGCAGCAGCAGGAGAGUAAGGGAGAGGCGCCGGCGCCGGCGAAGGGGCGGGUGACGGUGAAGGUGGGGGAGGAGCAGCAGCGGUUCGAGGUUCCGGUGGAGCACCUCAGCCACCCGCUGUUCGCGGAGCUCCUGGCGGAGGCCGCGGAAGAGUACGGGUUCAGCCAGCCGGGAGUCAUCGCCAUCCCCUGCGCCGUCGACCGCUUCCGCCAAGUCGAGGAGAUGAUCGAACGUGGACACUCCGGCGGCCACCGCGACCAUGCUCCCUUCGAUUAACAUAAGACA